GAUCUCUCAUUUUAGUGUUAGCUUUAAAAUCUUUUAGAAGCAAACCCAAAGAUAAGAAGAAACAAACAAUGGCGAUUCCUUCCAUGUAGAGAUAUUUUUCCUCGAUUCUCAGCUUCUGGAUUUUGGUGAAAGAAUCUGAAAUGGCGGUGUCGCUUUUAUCGAAAUUACGGUGUAUAACAGUAGAUGUUACUGGUACACUUAUAGCUUACAAAGGAGAGCUUGGUGAUUACUAUUGUAUGGCUGCUAAAGCCAUUGGUUUGCCUUGUCCUGAUUAUAAACGAGUUCAUGAAGGUUUUAAACUAGCUUAUACAGAUAUGGCACAAAAGUAUCCUUGUUUCGGUUUUCAUGCGAAAAUGCCCAAUAUUGUUUGGUGGAAAACUUGUGUGAGAGAUUCAUUUGUCAAGGCUGGAUAUGAGUAUGAUGAGGAGACGUUUGAGAAGAUAUUUAGGCGAAUCUAUUCGACAUUUGGUUCUGCUGCACCUUACUCUGUGUUUAAAGAUUCUCGACCGUUUUUAAGAUGGGCACGCAGUAAAGGUCUUAUAGUCGGACUUGUUAGCAAUGCGGAAUACCGAUAUCAAGAAGUGAUUUUACCUACCUUAGGUUUGAACAAGGCAGAGUGGGAUUUUGGUGUAUUCUCUGGAAUUGAAGGGAUAGAGAAACCAGAUCCGAGGAUUUACAAGCUCGCCUUAGAGAGAGCGGGGAAUAUUCCGCCUGAAGAGGUUUUGCAUAUUGGAGACAGUAUGCGCAAAGAUUAUGUUCCGGCAAAGAGUAUUGGGAUGCAUGCUUUGUUGCUUGAUAGGUUUAAGACGGAAGCUGCUAAAGACUGGACAGAAGCUGGAGCUAUUGUGCUUCCAGAUUUGGUUGCUGUUCAACAACUUUUGGAGUCUGAUAAGUUGAAAUGUUAAAAAUGAGACCUCUGUCGAGUAUGAAAUCUAAUGUAUUGUAAUAUUGCGCAUCUAGGCUCUUUCUUCCUUGUUUCGAGUAAAAAUAAGUUUCAACGGCAUCUUUGAUGGCUACUGAGGAAAAUAUAAUCCAAGACCUCUG